AUGGGACGCCCUGCCCUCCUGCUCCUCCUGGUCCUCGGCUGCUCCCUGCUCCUGCCGCAGCUCGGAUCGGGCCUGUCCCCACGCAGUCGGAAGGCAGCACCCGCCAGACAGAGAGCAGACGAGGACGACGUCAAGUCUCAAAUCGGCAAGCUGUGGCAGGAGGUGAACUCCCUGAAGGAAAUGUUGGCGCUGCAGACAGUGUGCCUCCGAGGCACCAAGGCCCACCGGAAGUGCUACCUGACCAUAGAGGAACCAAAACACUACCAUGAGGCCAACGAGGACUGCAUCGCGCAAGGGGGCACACUGGCUAUCCCCCGUGACCAGAAUGAGAACAACGACCUGCGGGACUAUGCCAAGCGCAGCUCCCCAGCCACCAAGGACUUCUGGAUUGGCGUGACGGACAUUGUGAAGGAAGGCCAAUAUGUGGAUGUCAACAGUGUGCCCGUCACCUACUUCAACUGGGACCAGGCUCAGAGGCAGCCCACGGGGAGCAAGCGCGAGAGCUGCGUGGCCCUAUCCGUGGCCUCGCAGGGCAAGUGGCACGACGACGUCUGCCGCAGGCUCAAAAAGUACAUUUGUGAAUACCUCAUACCCUAA